UUCGACGAAUAGGCAAAUGGAUGGCAAAGCAAAUAGCAACAAUAACAACUGGCAUGGAACUGACGGCAUCGCCCUAGUGAUUCCGUUGAAAAUUGCGAUACCUCCACCACUUCAUGAACAUGAUAUCAUAUACGAUCAAGAACACAAUAAUACACAAGAAGAUUUUCCACCGUUAAGACACCAUAGUGGUCACUUUAGAAACAAUGAAGCAGAAGUCUGGGAUCCUCAGCCUCACUACGAAAUUGAUAUGUUCGGAAAAAAGCUGUACUUGGAGCUAUCGCUAAAACAUGGUUUUAUACCGUCUUUUCUUCAGAUUCUAACUGUACUACUAACCCAUUCAGAGUGGAUGUGGAAAAACGUGUAAUAAAAAAGUAUCCUAAACUGCGCAUCUUGUG